CUAUAAAGUAUGCUCGUUCAACCAAGUGUCUUCUGCCAUCGAAGUCAAAGGCGCGAGUCGGUUUAAUCACUACCAGAGUCCUUACAGGUCUUUUCUAAUUCUCACUUGACAAAGUCCAAGCCGAAAGUCGGAUCCACCAUCGAGUCAUCAUAAAUGCAGGCAAUUCUAUCUCUGCUGCCAUUAGCAGACUUAUUGUGCAUGAAGAAUGAAGCACAAAGAAUUCUUGGCUACAGAUUUCAGGUUGCUGAUUCUCUUCUAACCGAGGCUCUCACCGCACCCGGCGCCGAAGGCGAAGGCUUUCAAGGAAAUCGAUGGUUAGCAGACUUCGGAAUUGAUACAAUUCGUUCCUGCGUCACCUUCGAUAGCUUUCAGAGAAAAGAGAUGAAACCGAAGGACACUGCCAGCUUGAAGCAACAGAUUUGUAGCUACUCUUAUCUCAGAGCAGUGGCUGAGCGCACGGCCUUUGACAGGUGCAUCAUAUAUAAUCCCCGCUCAGGACGAGGUAAGGAUGUUGUUGUUGGAAAGGCUCUUGCAGCAGCCAUUGGUGCCGCGCAUUUGGACAAUGGGAAAGAUUAUGAAAGAACGCUGAAGAUCAUACACCAUUUGGGACUGAUGAAUGAUGACAAGAAUGGUAUUGAUCCUAAACUUGUCCAGUUGGAAAUUCCAUCAGAGCUGGAUGCUAUUGGCAUGCCGGACGCAAUGGCUGAGAUCGGGAUGGAAAUUGAUGACUCUUGGCCCAGGUCCAUCAGUGGUCAUGACUAUGAGCUAAGUGCUUCCGUUAUCAUGGGAGCUGGAGAUGAUCAGUCUUUGCCUGAUACCCCAGCUAUACAAGCUCAAGAGACUCCCAGUGCAGAGGUUUCACACCUUUCAAGUAGCAGAGGAAAAGAAAACGUGCCUCAAGAUUUCAGCACUGAUAUGCCGACGAUUAGAACCUCGCAAAGGGAAGAUAGUCGUCUGACAACCUACUUGCAAUGCGAGGAAAGGAGAUGCGCGGCUCACCGCUUGCCUUUGCCGACUGAAACCUAUUAUACCAAAGAUAUCCAAGCAGAUAUAGAGAGCCGUGCUGGUCCUCGCAAUCUAGCAAUCUGUCAAAGAUUACUUUUGUGUGUUGGAGGCGCGGAAUCUCUAAUCCAACUACAAGAGGCGAUCAAGUCUUGGCGCGCAGGAACAACCACAAGCCUAGUGCGUCCCCUGCAGACGUUGACAGAGAGUGAGCUUUUCAGACUGAUUGAGAUUAACGCACAAAAUAUCUGCUAUCAGCUGAUACAGCGAAGAUACUACAUCUGGGCACUCUUCCUGAAGAGCGGCGGAGCCGACGUGCCAUCUAGUACGGGAUUUGUGGCUUACAAUACAGAAGGCGUCAGUAGAAAGCCAGGCAAUCCUGUGCAUAGCAUGGACACUGCUGUAUCCAAGAGAAUACUUCAGGAGGUGGCGCCGUCGCUCGAUGAAAUGUCUCCGGAAUACAGGCGCAAACUCGAUAGUAUUAAAGUACUUCGAGCUCUGGGCAGGAAGUACUACACGUUGACCUCUAAUUUCGGACCAGGAAUAUUAGCCUUAAUACCAUCAACCGAUCAACUUGGGGGAAACAAUGUGACGAUUUCAGGUUCCGAUAUCUCCCGGAUGCCAAAUUUUCUUUUCAACAGGAUGUUGAGCAUAAUGAAAAGGACGCAGGAAUCGGCGCUGAAGGACCUCAGUCAAGUGAUUUGGGACACAUUGGAAGGCAUGCUAAAUCAUUCGGGAACCCCAGGGAAAAGACUUUGGUUGGAGGAUCUAGAGAGCAGUGACAUACUGAGAUUUCCGAAAAACUCGUCGAUCCUAAGGCGACUCUUUGACGGUUCCUCAGAUAUUCGCGCCGGGCUUUAAUAAUCCGAGCGAUGUAUAUCAUGGCUGUUUACGAAAAUCCAGGUUCCAGAGAGGUCAGGUCUCAUAGUGAGCAUCAAUAUGAAUUGAUGCUCAGUCAGGUUGAUUAUGAUCAUACCAGGUUCGUAGUACCACCAUGGAGCGAAUGGGAUAUGUGAAAGAGAUAUUUCUCCUGGAAUACUUGUGCAAAAGACGGAGAAAAAGAGGUGAAGAUCUAGGAUUUUUGGAGUAAUGCACUCUACAAUAUUGCUGCG